CGCACAAGAGGCCGCCCGUCGCAGCGGCGCGCAGGGGGCUGGGCCGCCCGCCGCGGCCAUCCGGGAGGGGGCGCAAUGCCGCGGCAAGAACAGGGCGGCCCGCCACGUGCGCCGCAGCCGCGACUGGUUCACGACCCCCGCGCCAGAGGGUCGGAUCGCGGCUGCCAUCGAACAGCGGGGCCCCGACGGCAACGGCGCGGCGGCGAAGGCUUCGGCGCGGGCCCUGGAGAGGCACCCCAACGCGAACACCUUCGCGCACGACGGGCGCUGCUCGCUCCACGCGUCUGCCCAGGAGCUGGCCGCCCGCAAGGUCAUCAAGCGCUGGUCCGCGGACUGGAUGCACGCGGCCGCCGAGCAGUCUUUCUCGCGGUUCAGGGGCUCGGCGCGCCCGCUCAACGAGGUGGCGCCCCUGCGCCGCGCGUUCCUGGCCCUUUACUUCGCCGCGCUGCGCAACAAGUACACUGUGGAGAGGAACGCGGGCUACCUGCCGCUCGUCGAGAGCGCCGAGACCACGCGUGCCAUGGGCGGCCAUUACGGGCGCCCGUGGAGCGGAAGAUCGCUGAGACAG